GGGUCGCGGCCUCACGGUGCCCACGGUUGUUAUGGAAACCGCGUGCAUGGCGGUGCCUAGACAGGUGUCCAACCGCGGUGUGCUGCGCGAGGAGGCGGGGGGUUCCGCGGACUCGUCGGUCACUGCGCGGACGCCCGUGCCCCCAGUGUCGCCCGGGUCCCUAGAAAGGCUUGUGUCGCCCGCACAGGUCACCGAGUCGCCGGGGAAGAACCUGUGGGAGCAGAUCUGCGAGGAGUAUGAAGCUGAGCUACCUACCCUUCCAGAAGGAUAUAAAGUGAAACAGGAAGCUGCUGUUACAGUGAGCUCGGUCACUCCAUUGGAGGAACUGGUUCCUCAUGGCUUCAACAUGGAGCACUACUUUCCAGUGCACUCGUUCCCAGUGGUGCCUCCUGUGCCUUGUCCUCCCAAGAAGACAGAGACGGUGGAGCCCAAGACCUGUUCCCCCAGAGAUUAUCUGGAAAUGUUCAUCUUUCCAGUUCUGCUCCCUGGAAUGGCCAACCUGCUUCACCAAGCAAAAAGAGAAAAGUGUUUUGAGAGGAAGAGAACCAAGUUCAUUGCCUGCGACUUCCUAACUGAGUGGCUGUACAACCAGAAUCCAAAGAGGGCAGGGGAGCCGUUCACGGAAUUCUUCUCCAUUCCGUUUGUAGAGGAACGGCUCAGGCACCACCCCCGGCCACCAAUCCCCCUGUCCCUGUUACUGACAGAAGAAGAAGCAGCAAUCAUCAUCCAGUCCUUCUGGAGAGCCUAUCUGGUUCGCUGUGACCCUGAGAUUCAGGAGCUGCGGCAGUGGCAGAAGAAGCUUCGUGAGGACAAGCACAUCCGCCAGCGUGUGAAGAUCUUCUGGGCCAAACAAGAGCAGAAAUUGAAAUGUAAAAUGGACGAUGAGGAAGUGCCUGCUGCCUCUGGACCACCUCCUUAACUGACGCCAGUCCUUCCACGCCCAAACUGCACAUUCCCUUAGUGUGGUGGACACAGAACCUUCUCACACAGACCGGGUUUGUUCCAGACGAGCUUAAGCGCAGUUUAGGAAAGCGUCCCUUAGCUUCCUGCCUUACCCCAAAUGCUACUUUUCCACCCGCUUCUCCACUGUGUCAGGAGGACCCUUCUGAGCCGCUGCCACAGUUGACGUGCCUAGUGAUGAUGUCCUUGUCACCAGUUUUCCCACUUUCGCCAAGGCCCGUAUUUUAAUUUAUCUCAAAUCUCUGCGUUAGUUCUGUCUUGGUUUUGUCGUUGAAUUAACACGAGGCAAGGCUUGAGAACUGAGCUGUGUUUCCAGCUCAAGAAGAGACAGUCAUUGCAAAGGAUUUCCACCGUCAAAGCCCCAGAAGUGUUACAGCAGCGUCCGCUUAACUUAAUGGUCUUCAUCUGUCUAUGGCCGCUGCUCAACAGGAUUCUCUCAUCUGAAAGGCCCCAGACACAGGAAAGCCUCCUUGGUGGUAUAGGACUGUUUGACAAGCUACCACACAUCUUAGGUAAAUAGUAAAGCCUUUAUUUUCUUGUUAAGAACAGCAUUUUGAAAAUAAAACCUAUCUGCCCAUGCUUAACAA